UGCGCUGUGUACCUCGGACACAGCGAAUCACCGAUCCACGGAAAGAGCCGAAGAUGACGGCUCGGUCAUGUGAUCAGCUGUGUCAAAUCACAGCUGAUCACAUCAGCGCCACCUGUCAGUGUCCAUCAGUGCCAGCUUAGUGCUCAUCCAUGCCACCUGCCAAUGCCCAUCAGUGCCACAUUUUAGUGCACAAUGCCACAUAUCAGUGCCCAUCUGAGCUGCCUUUCAGUGUCACCCAUCAGUGCCAGUCAGUGCCACCUAUCAAUGCCAGUCAGUGCCACCUAUCAGUGUGCAUCAGUGCCGCCUAUAAGUGCCACCUAACAGUACCAGUCAGUGCCACCUAACAGUGCCAGUCAAUGCCACCUAACAGUGCCAUAUACGAGUGCUGCCUUUCAGUGCCCAUCAGUGAUGCCUGUCAAUGACCAUCGGUGCCACCUACUAGUGCCUCCUCAUCAGUG